AUGGAAUCAUCGUGCAUGUAUAACAAAUUAUAUGGGAGUGAACCAAUACCUACAUGUCUAAAUACUACGACUUACCAACAAUAUAUAAAGAUCCAUCACGAUAAUUUAACUGCGGAAUAUAUUGGCCGCGGAAUUCACACUGAUCCAGGGUCAGUCAAAUCUAACAUUUUUGCACCUACCAAUUGCGUUUUGUACUAUUUUGAAAUAGAAGUUCUUGAAUGUGGCUCGCACUGCAAAGUAGUCGUUGGGUUUACUCCUCCAAAUUAUCAUUUAAACAAAGUACCCGGAUCGGAACAAGGUUCAAUUGGUUACAAGGCAGAAGAUGGGAUGAAGCUGUGCGGAACAAUAAGACCGGAGUCUUUUGGUCCAACGUACACCAAGGGUGAUGUUAUAGGUGUGGGAAUGAAUUAUAUCAAUAAAUCAUAUUUUUUUACUAAAAAUGGCGUAUUUAUUGGUUAUGCUGGAAACAUAGGACAAUCUGAAAACUAUCCCACUAUAGGAUUGAAUGUGGAUGAGAAGGUUAAGGUCAAUUUUUCUGGCCCUUUCCAAUACGAUAUUUUUUCACUUUAUCAAACAGAAAUUGAUAAUGACCAUAAAGCGAUGGAGGUACAUACUGUUGAUAAGGAUCAACUUGAUCAUAUUGUCAGAUGUUAUCUCAUAUACAAGGGAUACAAUGAGACAUUGAAUAUUUUCAAUAACGAGACAAAUUUUGAUGAUAGCAAAAUGAGUGAUGAUAAGAGUUCUCAAUAUAUACAAGAGUUUUAUCUUACAGAUAGAGAUAUCGAAAUUCAGUUGUCAACAAUUGGUGUAAGAAGUGAUAUUUCCCAAUCCAUACUGAAUGGCAAUAUUUUAGGGGCAAUUGAAAUUAUAAAUAGCAAUUAUCCGCAAAUAUUGAACAAUUUUUCAACUACAACGCUAUUAUUGUAUACACAACAUAUGAUUGAAUUGGUCAAAAAUGGAUUUAUUGACAAAGCAAUUAAUUGGUCCCAGGAACACCUAACUCCAUUCCUUUACAAAGAUGCACCUAAGGAGAUUAAGGAAGUAUUGGAAAGAUCCUGCGGAUUAUUUGCCUAUGAAAAUAUUGAAAAAUGUACUUUGAGUUGGGAAGUGGGCUGCAAGAGGAGAAAUCACACUUGUAAUUCUGUGAAUGAGGCCAUUUUAGAGCAUCUGGGAGUUAAGAAGAAACCAGGUCUUUGCACAAUAAUCCAAAACUUAUCUGUACUGCGUGCUAUGCAACGGGAACAGAAUAAUAAUAAGGGCCCAGUGUUUAUACCAAAGAAUCUACAAGAUAUUUUUCGCAUAUAA